AUGCCGAUCAAAUCUCUCUUUGAAGACAUCCCCAUCCCGGACAGCGACCUCUGGUCGUUUGUCUUCGACCGACCCCGCGAAUUCCCAGACUCGCACACAAUCUUUGUAGACGCCGACACCGCCCGCUCCUACAGCUUUGGCCAAGUCAAGCAGGGCAGCAUCCAGUUCGGCAAGGGCCUUAAACAUCUCUUUGGCUGGAAAAAGGGCGACGUCCUCGGCGUCUUCUCCCCCAACAACAUCGAUGUCCCCGUCGUCAACUUUGGCUGCAUCUGGGCCGGCGGUAUCCCCAGCACUGCUAACCCGACAUACACGGCUACCGAGCUGGCCCACCAGAUGAAGGAUGCUGGCGCAAAGGCCAUCAUUACGCAAAAGGCCUUUUUGCCGGUUGCUCUCGAAGCGGCUGCCAAGGUCGGAAUCCCAAAAGACAGAGUUCUUUUGCUCGGUGAUGCUAGAGACCCUUCUGGCACUCACCGACAUUGGACCGACAUUACGGCUGCCAGCGCCUGGAUCCAGCCGUCCAAGACCAAGGUUGGCCCUAAGGACAUUUGCUUCAUUGUCUACAGCUCGGGAACUACCGGUUUACCCAAAGGUGUCCCACUCACACACGGCAACUUGCUCGCUGGUUGCGCCCAGUUCAUGAAGUUGGAAGGUAAAUCCAUGUACUGGGAAGUGGAUGGUGAGCUUGGUGUGCUACCAUUCUUCCACAUCUACGGUCUUGCCAUUGUCGUCAACGCCGCGCUUGUGGCAGGCAUUCGAUGUGUUGUGGUUUCGAAAUUCGACAUUGAGCAGGCAUGCCGCCUGAUCCAGGACCACCGCCUGACUUUUGUCUACGUCCCACCGCCAAUCGUCCUUGCUCUAGGCAAACACCCGGUAAUCGACAAAUACGACCUCUCGUCGCUUCGAUUCAUCAACUCGGCCGCUGCCCCGGUCAGCCAGGACCUCGUCGAUCUCGUCUGGGAGCGAAUUCAUGUCGGCGUCAAGCAGGGAUGGGGCCUCUCCGAGACGAGUCCAACCGUGACUAUCCAGGCCAUUGACGAGUGGAAACGCUUCGGGGGCUCGGUGGGCAAAUUGAUUCCCAACAUGCAGGCCAAGAUUGUCGAUCCUGAUGGCAAGGAGUUGCCUACUGGCGAGGCUGGCGAGAUUCUCCUUCGCGGUCCCAACGUUUUCAAUGGAUACUGGAAGAAGCCCGAGCUCGACAAGGAAACCUUCACCGACGGCUGGUACCGCACCGGUGAUGUCGGCUACGUCAAUGCCACUGGCCACUUUUAUAUCACCGACCGCAUCAAGGAGCUCAUCAAGUACAAGGGCUUCCAAGUCGCCCCUGCCGAACUCGAGGGCAUCAUUAUUGGCCGCGAAGAUGUGGCUGAUGUCUGCGUCGUAGGCGUCUACUCCGAAGCCGAUGCCACAGAGCUCCCUCGCGCCUAUAUUGUCCUUGCUGCCGGCCAGACUGCAUCCGACGACAAGGCCAAGGAAAUCUCCGAAUGGCUCGCUGGUCGCGUAGCACCACCUAAGAAGCUCCGUGGUGGCGUGCGCUUCGUCAAGGAGAUCCCCAAGUCGGCCGCAGGCAAGAUUCUGCGCCGCAUCCUCCGUGACGAGGCCAAUAAGGAGAACAAGGCACUCAAGGCCAAGCUUUAA